UAAUGGAUGCAAUGGGUCCAAAUACCAAUAUAACUAACUCUUUGUCCCCCCAAACAAUUCAACCAAUACCUACUAAUGAUUUUGAAAUACCAACUCAAUACAUAGCUUUACUAGAGUCUGAAAUCUUUAGUAAUAACG